AUGCGAUUGUGGAACUUGAUCGAACGCAUACCAAAAACUGACCUUCCUGAAGAAGUUAUCACUGGGUUCGUGAUAUCGGUGCUGUGUCAAAAGGAUAAUUUGAUACGUAGAGAGUUGAUAGCACAUGUGAUAACCACUCGUGCUCAGUUGUUUCGGAUCCUAAAUGGCAUAUCGCUAAAGCGACGGUUCGACGUCAGUGAUGGAAAUCAAGACGCCGAUUCUAAACGACCUCGAAUGACAGACUCUAGGUUCCCUGGAAAGUGUCAUUGGUGUGGCGUGGCAGGACAUCGACAGGCUGAAUGCAAGAAGCGAAAGGAAGACUCCAAAUCAUUGAAGUCUCAUGAAGCAUCCAGUUCUACAAAUAAUCAAGACAAGCCGCCUAUAAUCUGCUACACGUGUGGAAAACCUGGUCACGCCUCUACAACUUGUCCAGAAAAGAAGAAUGGAGGAAAAUCUGAAAGGAGGGAAGUCAACCUUUGCGACCACCAACUUUCCAGAUCUACGUUAGAGACAUCAGCUG